CGAACCAAAGCUAUAAACUGACUGCGAGCCGGCGCGCGAGCUACCCGGCGAUCAAAUCGAAACUCCAUUUCCCCUCUUAAUGAAAUCUUAGUCGACAAAUCUGCUGGAGAGAGCGCCAUAGCUACAGGGCUUCUGCCGUAUUCUCCGCCGCCAUGGCCGGUAAAUCGGACCGGAGCACGUUAACUCUUGCGUUGAUUUCGUUCCUGCUGCUGCUGCUUCUGAGUCGUUCCGACUCGGCGCCUCAACCCUUCCGCAGAGACCCAGGGCAUCCGCAAUGGCACCACGGCGCCUUCCACGAUGUCAGGGAGAGCGUGCGAUCCGACGUCCGCAGCAUGCUUCACUCUCGAGCCGAGGUACCGUUUCAGGUCCCGCUGGAGGUGAACGUCGUGCUCGUGGGUUUCAAUGGCGAUGGAGGAUAUAGGUACAACUUGGAUGUGCAGAAAUUGGAAGAGUUUUUGAAACUCAGCUUUCCUACUCAUAGGCCUUCCUGCUUGGAGACCGGGGAGCUUCUCGAUAUCGAGCAUCACCUCAUCUACAAUGUCUUCCCUGCUGGGCAGGCGGAGAUGAUUGCACUGGAGAAGGCAAUGAAAGAGGCCAUGGUUCCUGCAGGAACUGCUAGGGAGACUGAUUUUGGAAGAGAGGUUCCGUUGUUUGAAGUGGAGGCGACAGCUGUGGAGGCUGUAUUUCAAAAAUUCUAUUCCUACAUUUUUUACACUGAAACCGUGGGGUUCGAACUAAACACAGACCCUGACAGGCCCAGUCCUGCUUCUAUCUUCGUGGUUAACUUUGACAAGGUCAGAAUGGAUCCUAGGAACAAGGAAGUCGAUCUUGAUAGUUUCAUGUUUAGCACAAUUGGUAAUUUGUCUGAAGAAGAUAUGAAGAAACAAGAGGGUGAUUACAUUUAUAGGUAUCGGUAUAAUGGAGGGGGAGCAACUCAAGUUUGGUUGAGCUCAGACAGGUUUGUAGUGGUUGACUUGUCAGCUGGUCCCUGUACAUAUGGCAAGAUUGAAACAGAAGAGGGAAGCGUCAGUACUAGAACAAUGCCUCGGAUAAGAAAUGUGGUACUUUCAAAAGGAUCGGGUGCAGGCACCGUCAGUGAUCAUUCUAGUCAUGAGAUUUUUGUUGGGCAGCUUUCUUCUCUUAUAUCAACCACGGUUGAGCAUGUUGUAGCUCCAGACGUCAGGUUUGAGACUGCUGAUCUGACAACUAGGUUGCUUAUACCAAUCAUUGUGCUUCAGAACCACAAUAGAUACAAUAUAAUGCAAGCCGGCCAUAACUACAGCAUAGACACAACUGAGAUUGAGUCAGAGCUGAGGAAGAUGGUUCAUAAUGAGCAAGAGGUUGUGGUUAUUGGGGGUUCACAUGCAUUACAUCGACACGAAAAGUUGGCCAUUGCUGUUUCCAAAGCAAUGCGUGGUCAUUCACUACAAGAGACCAGAAAGGAUGGACGCUUCCAUGUUCAUACCAAGACAUAUCUGGAUGGCGCUAUACUCAAAGAAGAGAUGGAGCGGUCUGCUGAUGUGCUUGCUGCUGGUUUACUCGAGGUGGCUGACCCCUCCUUGUCUAGUAAAUAUUUCCUCAAACAGCACUGGGAUGACGAAUCUGAUGGCUCUACUGAUUCCAUUCUUAAACAUAAACCUCUAUGGGCUAGUUAUGAAUUUAACCGUGGAAAGGGAAAGAAGAAGAAGCAGAAAAAGAACGAAAAGAGGAAGCAAGGAGAUGUCUAUCGGACCUACGGGACAAGAGUUGUUCCUGUCUUCGUGCUAUCGUUGGCCGAUGUGGAUCCUCAACUUAUGAUGGAGGAAGAGAGCCUCGUUUGGACUAGCAACGAUGUUGUCAUUGUGCUUCAACAUCAAGCCGAUGAAAUACCUCUCAGCUAUGUUUCAGAGAUUGAUAGAAGGACAGCCCUUCCAUCUCUGUCGCAGCGUCACAUAAUGGCUGGCCUCGCCUCCGCUGUGGGUGGGUUGAGUGCCCCAUACGAGAAGGCAUCUCACGUGCAUGAGAGGCCAGUUGUCAAUUGGCUGCUUGCAGCUGGAUGUCAUCCGUUCGGCCCGUUUUCCAACACCUCUCAAACCAGCAAACUGUUACAAGAUGUUGCAUUGGAGGAGGAAAGGGAAACGGUGUUUGGAAAUGUUUUUUUUACUUUGGUGAUGGAGCUUUGAAACAAUAGGGACCAGCAUUAGUCAGUUAAGUAGAAGAAGUGUAUAUAUUUGAGGAACACGAUCUAUGCUCGUGUGGAUGCUGCACUUCGUAAGAUCCGUGAUACAUCAGAGAUCGUCCAAGUCUUUGCAUCAGAGCACCUCAAAACCCCGCUGGGGGAGCCCGUGAGAGGCAAAAAGAACAAGACGACUACCGAACUAUGGUUGGAGAAGUUCUACAAGAAAACAACCAACCUGCCUGAACCCUUCCCACAUGAACUGGUUGAACGACUCGAGAAGUACCUCGACAAUCUCGAGGAACAGCUUGUCGACCUGUCAUCUUUGCUGUACGAUCACCGACUACAGGAUGCACACCUGAACAGCUCAGAAAUUCUCCAAAGCUCAAUCUUCACGCAACAGUACGUGGAGCAUGUGUUGUCAAGCGAGAAGGAGAAGAUGAAGUGCUGCAAGAUCGAGUACAAGUAUCCGUAUCACUCGUCACAAACUUUCGUCUACGGAGGGAUCCUUCUGGCCGGGUUCGUAGUGUACUUUCUCGUCAUUUUCUUCUCCAAUCCAGUCCGAUGAUACAUUCGAUCCACACCAUCUUCUCGACCUCUGCUACCAGAACCUGUAUUGUGGAGAUGUAGUUCAUGUGCUUUUAAUUAUAGGCCCAACUCGGAGAAAGGAAUUUUGGUUGAGUUUCUUCUGUGUAUCUUAUAACUGGCCUUCCCUUCCCAUAUACAAACUCUCACCAUAGCAAAGGAAUGAAGGAUGUCGCUUAGAUUUAGUCCGAGGUUUAGCUACUGAAACACUGUUUUGCCACUUUACAGUUAAGAGAUAGUCGUCGUUUUUCUUCUAUGUUUUAAAAGGCUUUACGAGGAAAACUCUUCAAA